AUGUCGCUGAGCCUGCCCGGGGUGGGCUUCAUCACGGGGGCGGCUAGUGGCAUCGGGCGACAGACGGCGGUGCUGUUCUCCCAACUGGGGGCGCGCGGCCUGAUCCUGUGCGACGUGAACGGCAGCGGGCUCGACGAGACGCAGGCUCUGAUCGCGCAGGCGAACGCGGCGACCUCGGUGCGCGUGCAGGUGGUCGACGUGACGGACGAGGCUGGCAUCCGGGCCAUCAUCCGCGCGGGCGCCGCCGAGUUCGGCCGGCUGGACUACGCGGUCAACUGUGCGGCGCGGCCGAACCCGCGCGGGCUGGUGGGCGACACGGCGUCGGAGGUGGUGAGCGACACGCUGGCCGUCAACACGGUCGGCGUCUUCAGCUGCCUCUCGGAGCAGUGCCGGGUCAUGAGUGCGCAAGAGCCGCUGGCCAACGCGCGCGGGCGCCCGGCGUGCCGCGGCGCCAUCGUCAACGUCGCCAGCAUCAUGGGCCUCGUCGGCAUGCCGGAGCUGGCGCCCUACGUGGCCUCCAAGUUCGCGGUCGUCGGCCUGACCAAGAACGCCGCCCUGGAGUACGCCGGCCACGGCGUGCGCGUCAACGCCGUCUGUCCCGGCCAGACCCUGACCCCGGCCAUGCACGCCGGCUUUGCCGCUUCACAGUCCUUUCGAGACCGCAAGGCCGCCCUCGAAGACGGCCUCAUCCCUUUGAGACGGCUCGCCCUGCCAGAGGAGAUGGCCGACUGCAUCGCCUACCUGGUCAGCGACAUGGCCAGCUUUGUCACCGGCCACGCCAUGGUCGUCGAUGGGGGUUUCACUGCCCGCUGA